AUGUCAGGCCGUGGUAAAGCAUCUGGUAGUGGUAAAGCUCGUGCAAAGGCCAAAACACGCUCAUCACGAGCUGGCCUUCAAUUUCCAGUUGGUCGUAUUCACCGUUUACUUCGUCGAGGGAACUUUGCUGAACGUGUCGGUGCAGGCGCUCCAGUUUAUUUAGCUGCCGUUCUCGAAUAUCUUUCUGCUGAAAUUUUGGAAUUAGCUGGUAAUGCUGCUCGUGACAAUAAGAAGACGCGCAUCAUUCCACGUCAUCUUCAAUUGGCUAUCCGUAACGAUGAAGAAUUAAACAAACUGUUAGCCGGAGUAACUAUUGCGCAAGGUGGUGUUUUACCCAAUAUUCAACAAAUGUUACUACCAAAGAAAGGUGAAGGUCUCCCCAUAUCAGCAUCUCAAGGUGAAACGAGUUCAUCGAAAAAGUCAGCAACGAAAUCUACAGGAGAGAAAAAAGCACCAACGGCUAGCAAUACUGCGAAAAGUUCAUAA